UUUUAUUAUACACACAUAUUCCACUGGCCAACUGUCUUACUCUCUCACAAACACACUACCUAUAUUAUCUCUCUCUCUCUCUCUCUCUCUCAUGGCUUCUUUCCCUCACUUUCUCGCUCUAACUCUCUCGCCAUUGCUUCUUCUUCUUUUGAUGGCUCACCCAGUGGUGUCGCAGUGCAAGAACAGACCAAUCAUCUUCAACUUCGGCGAUUCCAACUCCGACACGGGUGGACUCGUCGCCGGACUCGGCUUCCCAGUCAACCUCCCAAACGGCCGCUCUUUCUUCCGCCGCUCCACCGGCCGUUUGUCCGACGGACGCCUCACCAUCGACUUUCUCUGCCAAAGUUUGAAUACCAGUCUUUUGAGUCCAUACCUAGACUCUUUGGCAGGGACCAAGUUCACUAGUGGGGCUAAUUUUGCGGUGGUGGGGUCCUCAACCUUACCAAAGUAUGUACCAUUUUCUUUAAAUAUUCAGGUCAUGCAAUUCCUCCACUUCAAAUCUCGCACUCUUGAACUUUUUACAGCAGGUUCGGAACAAAAUCUGAUCAAUGAUGACGGGUUUGGGAAUGCACUUUACAUUAUUGAUAUUGGACAAAACGACAUUGCGGAUUCAUUUGCUAAAAACAUGUCGUCUGUACAAGUUUUGAAGAGAAUUCCAUUGAUAACCAUAGAAAUCAAGGCGGCGGUUAAGGCUUUGUAUGAUCAGGGUGGUAGGAACUUUUGGCUGCACAAUACAGGGCCACUAGGUUGUCUUCCUCAAAAGCUUUCAUUAGUUAAAAAGGACCUAGAUCAAUAUGGAUGUAUUUCAAGUUACAAUGAUGCAGCAAAGUUAUUUAAUGAAGAACUACGCCGUGUAAGCCUAAAAAUGAGAUCUGAAAUGAAGGAUGCAAAAAUAGUUUAUGUGGACAUUUUCUCCAUCAAGUAUGACCUUAUUGCCAACCAUACCAAAUAUGGUUUUUCAAGUCCUCUAAUGGCAUGCUGUGGUUAUGGUGGUCCUCCAUACAAUUACAACAUCCAUUUCACAUGUGGUCAACCCGGCUACCAAGUUUGCGAUGAGGGAUCGAGGUUCGUAAGCUGGGAUGGAAUUCAUUACACAGAGGCUGCAAAUUCCGUCGUGGCCUCAAAGAUACUUUCCACGGCUUAUUCCACGCCUCGUGUGAAAUUCGAUUUCUUUUGUAGCAGUUGAUCUUUUGUUGAGUUACAAUAUUACUAAAGCACUUCUUGUAUUGCGCUUCCUACCUUUUGCUCUGUAAUUGCCAAGAGCUGCAGUGACCCUUUUGGAAAGACAA